AUGACGACGAACCAGAAUGCCGCUAUCUUCAGUAGCGACCUGCAGACCUUUAUCGUCACCAAGUACGACCCGCUGCUCACCAUCGUGAAGGAACUAAAUGAUAAAUUGCAGAACUCGGAGAAAGAUAAGUACCGGCUGGAGAAGAGGCUGAUGAAACUGGAGAGACAAGUGGUGGUCCUGCUGGACAAGCUGGAAGUAACGGACAUAAUCAUCGACCGGGAAGGAAGAGAAAACAAAAUCGAAAAAAAAGUAAACCAGAAAAUUGAAAACGAAGAAAAUCUGCUAACCCCAUGGUUAUUCUCCUGCCAGAUGGGGACCCCACUCUCCUCCCUACAAGUGCUCCUCGAAUUUAGCAACAAAAAUACAAUCGAGUUAAAUGUGAGGUUAUGGAAGAGAGAAGAAGAUAUGUGGAUAAACUUUUUGCAGCUUAUUUCCUCAAACGAUAAGAAUUAUCUUCCUCAGUCACUAACCCUAAUGGACUUAAGGAAGGCAACGAGGAAAUGUCUUUUAACUCUCUGCACCAAUGAGGUGUUAGUCGUUUUAAGAAAUGUUCCUGGGAAAUCUCAGGCCAUUUAUAACACGGCUACGAUGACGUUGGUCGCUAUUUUGGCAUCCGCCAUUUAUGAGGCUUGGAAAAGGAUUGAGCUCACCGACCCGGUGUCCCUUGGCCGGGUGGUCCUCGUGCUGGACGGAGAAGAUGUCGGAUCGAGACUACGAGCUGGAAACAAGAAACUCAAAAUAGAGCCCCUGAAUUAG